AUGUGUGGGAAAUCUUUCACUCACAAAAAGGCACUUCUUACGCAUGUUCGAAACCACAAACGCGAGCGACCUUUUUCGUGCCCAGAGUGUGGGAAAUGUUUCCCUGAAAAAAACUUACUUAUUGUACACCAUAGAAUUCACACCGGCGAGCGUCCUUUCUCAUGUUCAGAGUGUGGGAAAUGUUUCAUUAAGGUAGGAGAUCUUCAUAAACAUCAGAAAACUCACACAGGGGAGCGUCCUUUUUCAUGUUCAGAGUGCGGGAAAAGUUUUACUCAGAAAAGCUCACUUCUUACACACCUGAAAAGUCACACAGGUGAGCGCCCUUUCUCAUGUUCGGACUGCGGGAAAUGUUUCAGUCUGAAACAUGUACUCCUUUAUCACCAGAGAAUUCACACAGGCGAGCGUCCCUUUUCAUGUUCUGAGUGCGGAAAAAGUUUCACUCAAAAAGGACACUUUCUUUCACACCAGAGAAUUCAUACAGGUGAGCGUCCUUACUCAUGUUCAGAGUGCGGGAUACAAGCCCUUCAUAAACACCAGAGAUGUCACACAGGCGAGCGACCCUAUUCAUGUUCAGAGUGCGGGAAAAGUUUUACUGAGAAAAAAGUACUUCAAGCACACCAGAAAAGUCAUACGGGGGAGCGUCCUUUUUCAUGUUCAGAGUGCAGGAAAUGUUUCAGUGAGAAAGGAAGCCUUCUUAAACACCAGAGAACUCACACAGGCGAGCGUCCUUUUUCAUGUUUAGAGUGCGGGAAAUGUUUUAGUGAGAAAGGAAACCUUCUGAUACACCAGAGAAUUCACACCGGUGAGCGACCUUUUUCAUGUUCAGAGUGUGGGAAAUGUUUUACUAUUAAACAACACUUUCUUAAACACCAGAGAAGUCACACAGGUGAGCGCCCUUUUACUUGUUUGGAGUGUGGAAAAUGUUUUAGUCAAAAAGGAAACCUUCGUAAACACCAAAGAAUUCAUACAGGUGAGGGUCCUUAUACUUGUGUAGAGUGUGGGAAAUGUUACACUCAGAAAGAAAGUCUUCAUAAACAUCAGAGUUCUCACACAGGUGAACAGCCUUUUUCAUGUUCAGAGUGCGGGAAAUGUUUCAACGAGAAAGGAAACUUCCUUAGACAUCAGAGAAUUCACACAGACGAGCGUCCUUUUUCUUGUUUGGAGUGCGGGAAGUGUUUUGCUGAAAAAGGAAACCUUCUUAAACACCAGAAAAUUCACACGGGUGAGCGUCCUUAUUCAUGUUCGGAGUGCGGAAAAUGUUUCACUUUAAAGCAACACCUUCUUACACACCAGAGAACUCACACGGGGAGCGCCCUUUCUCAUGUUCAGAGUGCGGGGAAUGUUUCGCAUUAA